GCCCGGCCCUGACGUCACCCACGCCCGGCCACUGGCCUCCCUUUGCAGCCAGGAAACUGGCUGGGGAGGAGCACUCGCAGCUGCAGCAAAUCUCAAAAUAAGGAGACAACUGCCUUUCUCCUCCUCAUCUCCCCCAGCACACCUUUCUUUUCUUUUCUGCUGUUGUUUUUUUUUUUAAGCCUCAUGGAAGGUUUUACUUGUAGAUCAACUUUCAAAAUGUAGGAAGUCAGAAUGUGUGACAUCAUCAGAAAAAUAUGUGGAGCUGCUCUCGACAAGAAGUGAAGAACUCAGAGCAAGGAAGCGGUUAUAACUCCUGAGCCCAGGGAGUUGGCAGCGUCUGGGUUUCAGAGGAGCCAGCGCCUCCGAGUUGUCUUGAAGUGAGGCUCUGCUGAACUACCGUUCUUCUGGCUGCAAGAUCUAAAUGCUGUCCCACUAAUUUGUUGAACCAAGACUCUGAGGCUGAUAUGCAAUGUCACUUACAACAUUAAUCAGAUACUGCAUUUAAGAUCUUGAUGUGGAGGCGAUGGAGGACUCAGAACCAAGGAUUUCCAAGUGAUUUCUUCCAAAGCACGAGAAACUAACUCUGUUAAGGCUGGUCUGUUCUAACUGAGAUGACAGUCAUGUCCCUUUCCAGGGACCUCAAGGACGACUUUCACAGUGACACAGUGCUCUCCAUCUUAAAUGAGCAGCGUAUUCGAGGCAUUUUAUGUGAUGUCACGAUCAUUGUGGAAGACACCAAAUUUAAAGCCCACAGCAAUGUCCUGGCUGCUUCGAGCCUUUAUUUCAAAAAUAUCUUUUGGAGCCAUACAAUCUGUAUUUCCAGCCAUGUCCUGGAGCUGGAUGAUCUCAAAGCUGAAGUGUUUACAGAAAUCCUUAAUUAUAUCUACAGCUCCACAGUUGUCGUCAAGAGGCAGGAGACAGUCACUGACCUUGCAGCCGCAGGGAAAAAGCUGGGAAUAUCCUUCUUGGAAGAUCUUACCGAUCGCAGCUUUUCCAAUUCCCCGGGUCCCUAUGUAUUCUGCAUUACUGAGAAGGGAGUGGUUAAAGAAGAAAAAAAUGAAAAAAGGCAUGAAGAACCGGCCAUCACUAAUGGGCCAAGGAUCACAAAUGCAUUUUCCAUCAUUGAGACAGAAAAUAGUAAUAACAUGUUUUCUCCGCUGGACUUGAGGGCAAGUUUCAAGAAGGUCUCUGACUCCAUGAGAACCGCUGGUCUCUGCCUGGAGAGGACUGAUGUCUGCCACGAGGCGGAGCCCGUCCGGACCCUGGCCGAGCACUCGUAUGCCGUUUCUUCCGUGGCUGAGGCUUACAGGAGUCAGCCUGUACGUGAACGUGAUAGCACUUCACCUGGUAAAGCAGGUAAAGAAAAUGGCGAAGCUCUUACAGCAAAGCCAAAAACAUGCCGAAAGCCAAAGACACUCUCCCUACCCCAGGAUUCUGAUUCAGCUGCAGAAAGUAUACCACCUCCUCCAGUAACCAACGCAGAGGUUAAUCAAGAAAGAAGUCCACAGCCAGCUGCAGUUCUUUCUCAUUCAAAGUCUCCCAACAAUGAAGGAGAUGUCCGUUUUUCCAGGGAAGAUGAAAAUAAAUCCUCUGACGUUCCUGGGCCGCCGGCAGCAGAGGUUCCGCCUCUCGUUUACAAUUGUAGCUGUUGUUCCAAAUCCUUUGACAGCAGCACUCUGCUCAGUGCCCACAUGCAGCUGCACAAGCCAACCCAGGAGCCUUUGGUGUGCAAGCACUGCAACAAGCAGUUCAGCUCCCUGAGCAGAUUGGACCGGCACGAGCAGAUCUGUAUGCGGCCCAGCCACAUGCCCGUUCCGGGAGGAAAUCAGCGCUUUUUAGAAAACUAUCCUACCAUUGGACAAAAUGGAAGUUCGUUCACGGGUCCAGAACCUUUAUUAUCUGAUAAUAGGAUUGGUGACUUUUCCAGUACCGGAAAUACCUUGCCAGAAACAGACCACAUGGUUAAAUUUGUUAAUGGGCAGAUGCUCUACAGUUGUGUUGUAUGCAAACGUAGUUACGUGACUUUGUCCAGCCUCCGCAGACAUGCAAAUGUUCACUCAUGGAGAAGAACAUAUCCUUGCCAUUACUGCAACAAAGUUUUUGCAUUGGCUGAGUACAGGACAAGACAUGAAAUUUGGCACACAGGAGAAAGGCGAUAUCAGUGCAUUUUCUGCCUUGAAACUUUCAUGACCUACUAUAUACUCAAAAACCAUCAGAAGUCUUUCCAUGCCAUAGAUCAUAGACUGUCCAUCAGUAAAAAAACGGCAAAUGGAGGCUUGAAGCCUAGUGUCUAUCCAUAUAAACUUUAUAGACUCCUGCCUAUGAAAUGCAAGAGGGCUCCUUAUAAGAGCUACCGAAAUUCUUCCUAUGAAAAUGCUCGAGAAAGCAGUCAGAUGAGUGAGUCUGCACCUGGUCCCUACGUUAUUCAGAAUCCACACAGCUCUGAAUUACCUUCACUGAAUUUCCAAGAUGGUGUGAACACCUUGACCAAGAGUCCAGCCAUCCCAUUGGAAACACCUGCAUGUCAGGACAUACCCACUUCUGCCAGUGUGCAAAAUGCAGAGGGCACCAAAUGGGGAGAGGAGACCUUGAAAGUGCAUCUUGACAAUAACUUUUAUUCAACUGAGGUGUCAGUUUCUUCCACUGAAAAUGCUGUCAGGUCUGACGUCCCGGCAGGGGAGGUUCCUGCGUUGUGUGUGAGUAAUGGCAGCGAGAACUCCGCCUCAGUGAUCAGCUACAGUGGCUCGGCACCCUCAGUCAUUGUGCACAGUAGCCAGUUUUCCUCGGUGAUAAUGCACAGCAACGCUGUUGCUGCCAUGACCAGCAGCAACCACAGAGCCGCUUCAGACCCAGCCAUCAGUCAGUCCCUGAAAGAUGACGGCAAAGCUGAGCCAGACAAAGUGAGUAGAGUUGCCAGCAGACCCAAAAGCAUUAAGGAGAAAAAGAAAACUGUACCAUGUAACAGAGGAGAACUACCAGAGGAGUCAAAAUACAUUGCUGAUCCUGGAGGGUCGUUGAGCAAAACCACAAAUAUCAUUAAAGAAACCAGUAAAAUUGAAACCUACAUUGCAAAGCCUGCUCUCCCUGGAACCUCCACAAAUAGCAACGUCGCGCCCCUUUGCCAAAUAACAGUGAAAAUUGGGAAUGAAGCCAUUGUGAAAAGGCAUAUCCUAGGAUCUAAAUUGUUCUAUAAAAGAGGAAGAAGACCCAAGUAUCAAAUGCAAGAGGAGACUCUGCCACGAGAGAGUGACCCGGAGACCAAUAGAGACAGCCCACUUGGGCUUUGCCAAUCCGAGUGUGUGGAGAUGAGCGAAAUGUUCGACGAUGCAAGUGACCAGGAUUCCACGGACAAACCAUGGCGCCCUUACUACAACUACAAACCCAAAAAGAAAUCCAGACAGUUGAGAAAAAUGAGGAAAGUCACCUGGAGGAAAGAGCAUGAAAACAGGAGCCCAAGCAAUAAGUGUAAAUACCCAGCAGAACUGGACUGUGCUGUGGGGAAGGCUCCUCCGGAGAAGGCCUUCGAGGAAGAAGAAAAUAAAGAGAUGCCUAAGUUGCAGUGUGAACUCUGUGACGGAGACAAGGCCUCGGGGGCUGGAAACCAAGGACGGCCCCACCGACAUCUCACUGCCAGGCCCUAUACCUGCGAGCUCUGCGCCAAGCAGUUCCAGAGCCCGUCCACACUCAAGAUGCACAUGCGGUGUCACACCGGAGAGAAGCCGUACCCAUGCAAGACCUGCGGCCGGCGCUUUUCCAUGCAAGGAAACUUGCAGAAACACGAACGCAUCCACCUGGGCGUGAAGGAGUUCGUCUGUCAGUAUUGCAACAAGGCGUUCACGUUGAACGAGACCCUCAAAAUCCACGAAAGAAUCCACACUGGCGAAAAGCGCUACCACUGUCAGUUCUGCUUUCAGAGUUUUUUGUAUCUCUCCACAAAAAGGAAUCACGAGCAGAGGCAUAUUCGGGAGCACAACGGGAAGGGCUAUGCCUGCUUCCAGUGCCCCAAAAUUUGCAAAACAGCUGCUGCCCUGGGGAUGCACCAGAAGAAACACUUAUUUAAAAGCCCAAGUCAGCGGGAGAACACGGAAGGUGACGUGUGCCACGAAAACUCAAAUCCCCUGGAGAAUCCACAUUUCAUUGAUUCAGAAGACAAUGGCCAAAAGGAUAACGUACAAACCAUUGUUGAAAAUGUCCUUUGAAUGGCGAUACUUAGAAAAAUCUUCAAAAAUCUAAGUUGGUGGGUUUGUGUUUUGAGGAGUUUUUUUAGUUAGCUGUUUUCUUUUUGUUUUUGUUUUUUUUUUUUCAGUUUAGUUUUGUUUUGUUCACGUAACAGUCAUGAAGGAGUGAAAUGUAAAAAAGAAAAUCUCAUUUGUGAAAAUUCCAGAAAAAGGAUCCUAAUAUCUACUUUGGGUUUUAGCAUUAACUUCAUACAAAGUGCACAAAAACAAAACAGCUGAUCCUCCUAUCCCAAGUAUCUUGUGAAAGUUUAUGAAGUUCUUAGCUGUGGUAUUUCUGCCAGUGAAAACAAAGAGUUUAAUUUUAGCCUAAUAUAAAACUUUCUAGUAAUUGCUAAUAGGAACUGGCUGCUGAACUGUCUUUAGUCACUGGAGAAGAUAAGGGUCAGAUAUCAUGAAAAUGUCAUCUUCAUAAAUACGUUAAAAGGUGAAUGAGCUAUGACAGUCAUUAUUCCCACACAGCUUCUGCACUAUUAAAAAUUGUUUAAAUUAAUGGAUACAUAUGAAAUACUUAAUAAUAUAGCUGAAAAUAUGUGUGAAAUAAGUAACCUAAGUAGAACAUUCAUACAUUAUCUAGAACUACUUUUCUGCAACACAAACCUUGUAAGAUACGUAUAUAAAUCACUAUAACUUUUAACUGUCCAUCUCCCCUGUAGAGAAUUAUAAUGAUGAGCAAUAGAUCUGCAAAUAAUGAGGACUGAUGUAAAAAUCAGUAGAAAGCAUUUUGGAUAUGACUUAAGAGCAUGUGUAUGCUUUUAGAUGGAAUGCUGUUCUCUUGAAGUAUGGCUGAGCUAUUAUUAGAAUUGGUCUACUCGAGUCACUGAAAACAUGGGUCAUGCCUUAUCUAUGGGGAAGAGCCUUCCCAGAAUUUACCUGUGAUUACCUGUGCUGUAUAUUACUUUGCUGUGGCCUCACCUCAGAAAAUGAAGAAGCGUCAAAUUCUUCUGAAACUCCCUGCAGUCUUCCACCCAUCACAAGGCCGUGGAUGUGGAGGUCUAGUCCAGAUAGACUUAACCAGCCUCAAGGGGUCAAGUAAAACCUGACACCUCCCAUUCCACUGAAGGAGUGUCCAGGAAGGUUAGCACAAGGCACACAUACAGUGAUGAAUUUCCAAGCACUUGAAAGUGACAGAAAGCCUAAUCCCUACAAUUAUUAGCCUUCUUGGAGACUAUGCAGCCCACAAGUAUAUACUAGUAUAAAACAAAAGGACAACAGAAACACCCCCCUCUACCCCACCCAUUAAUGAUUUGAUUGGGCAAGAGGAAGUGAUGACCUUCCUUGCCUCAAGCAGUAGCUUUGUUUUUGAGGGGUGGGGAGAGAGAAUGUGGAAUGACAAGGUUCCAUCACUUACUGACAUGACUUAGAAAUAUAUCCACAAAACCAGAUGCCUUGCCUUCAUGUUUGCAGACAUCUAACCCCCUUGCCUAAAAAUCCACUUAAGUUUUCUAAUGUUCUUUUCCACUGACCCACACCAUCAACAUUGCCCUCAAAGUCUAAUUGCCCUCUAGGCUAUUUAUUCCAUCAUGUGGACUAGGUUCCUGGGAAGCUGGAACUCGUGAUUCUUACUUUUUAAACUGCCAGAAUAGGAGGGAGAGAGAAAACAUUCCUACCCUUUGAUCACCAGUGUGAGCAGAAUCCAGAACCCGAUUUAAGGGUAACCUGCAGCCAUUCAUAUUCAUGGGAUUUGAUAGAUGGAAACCCAAGUUUAUCCAAGGUUGCAAGGUUACCAUUAUGAAGAAGUAGCUCAAAGGACUCCGGUUUCUCUCUCUCCGAGUGUUGUGGUGUCUCCAUGAAGAAGACUUAAUAUGGAUUUGGGUGGGCAAGAAAGCAUUUAAACACCCAGAGAAGGACAUGAUCAAAGCUGACCUUUUUAUACUAUAGUACUUUGCUGUUAAGUAAGCCCAAUGUUGUACCUGCAUUUAUCUUUUGUUCUGCUUUCACUUACAUACAGUAUUAUGUAAUAGAGACAAAUGGGAAAAUGCAAGCGGACUCAAGUCUAUUUUAUACAUUGUAUAUAUGUACACCUGCACUAUUCAUUUGGGUUUUGUUAAAGAGAUAGUCACAAAGGGCUUAUGAAAAUCAUUUUUGAAUUGAUAAUUAGAAUAUUGAAUAAGCAAUCCUAUGAUCCAUUAAUUUGUUUUAUCUCAAUUAGGAUUAUGAAUCGAGGAGAAUUACUGUGUAUUUUAGUCAUUUUGAUUUGAGGUAACUCCAAAUAUAAAAUUAUUACAUGUAGUGAUGUCUCUCAGCCCUUACAUGUGGAUAUUUUUUAAGUGGACUUGUAUGCUGAUAAUUCUAGACCAAAGUAAAUAUGGCAGAAUAUUUAUACAUGAAAAAAUAAUUUUGCAAAUAUUUUCUAUAAUUGUAUUAUUCGUUUAAAAUGUUGAUAGCUUGUGUUAGUUUCAGGGAGGGGUGUAUAUUUUGAUAAAAAAUACUUGACUUUGUAAUUCUGUAUAUUCUAUACAAUUUAUAGCAGAGCCGUUUUAAGACAGCCUUGUCACAUUUUUUGUUAAUUGUGAAAACUUUAUUAUGAGUGAUGUUUAAGUAUGCAUUGAGUACAUACCGACCAACUAGAAUUAAAGUAAGUGUAAACAGUGAGCAUACUGUAUGCUGUACAAGAUAUAUUGUAAUUUGCUGUUUUAGCAUCUGUAUUUUGGUUAGAAGAUAUUAUUAAAUGCAGAUGUUAAGGGUUGGAAAAGUCUAAUUUUAUUUUUAGAAAUAAUGAAUAUAAAUUUGUUUUUGCUUGAUUAAAAUAGCUUAUUCCUA